AUGGUGAAAACAUACGCCCGCUCACUAAAGUCCUCUAGCAUUAGCUUGUACUGGCUGACCGGAUCAGUUCGCCGUGGAGUGCGGCAGUGUGUAGGUGCGGUGUGUGUAAUUGGUGGUAGGCCGCACGGCCAAAUAAUGGCGGAACGGACAAAAGUGACGGCUCCAACGAGCCGGCCAGUGCCAAUGAAGCUCUUUGCUACCUGGGAAGUUGAUCGCACACCACCGAAUUGCAUACCCAGAUUGUGCACAUUGACCCUUACUCGGCUUGUGAUUCUCCGGCCUUUGGGCGCAGAUCUGGCUUCCAUCAGCAUCGCAGUUAAGAUGCAAAGCUCCAAAAGGACAUUACGUUCCAACGAAAUGGCUAUUCCAUCGGGCGGAAUUCUCGACACUGAACUGGAACUGCAGUUUGCCCUUCAAUACCCGCACUUUCUCAAACGCGAAGGCAAUAAAUUGCUGAUACUCCUGCAGAGAAGAAAGAGAUACAAGAACCGUACAAUGCUGGGGUACAAAACAUUAGCAGAGGGUGUAAUAAAUAUGGCUCAAGUCCUGCAGAAGCAAAUGGAUCUUGAGUUAGAGCUAGUGUCAGAUAAAGCGGAAAAAUAUGGCGGGCAUUCAGUGGUAUUGGCUAAAGUAAAUGUUAUUGCAUUGAGCUCACAGCCGGUUGAUCAGGACAAAAGACUGCUCAACGAUCCAAGCGAGCGACUUGGUCCAGAAUACAGCGACGAGGAAGAAGAAUUCAGCUCUGAAGGUGAAGCCGAGGGCAGUGACAGCGAGCCUACUUUAGAAGUCCACAGGCGGAAAAAUAGAAAUAAAAUUCCUCCGAAUGCUCGACAAAGAAACUUGAAGCAAAAGUUUAUUGCUCUACUCAAGCGGUUCCGAGUUUCAGAAGAGCUGGAACACGACCAGGAAGAGAUUGGACAAAAGUUAUCGGGCGGUGACAUGGAAAUUGAAGAACUCUUUGAUGAGUUAGAGGACUUGUCGGAUAGUGGGCCUGAGUUGGAUACGAUGUCUGUUAGCAGUACUCCAAAGCCAUCACUGAGGCCGUUCUUCAGCUCUAGUCGUUCACUUUUAGCACCACCUCACCCCGUCUUGGUGGGCUGGCUUUGCACUGUUGCAUGGUACAAUUCAAUAGUAGUUACCAGAGAGGAGAGUGCCACUAAUACCACAACAGCAACAACAACGGCAGCAAAUGUAUGCCAGUCAUCAUCAGGCUCAACUGUCAAAGAGAAAACACGUGUGGGACAUACAACCCCAGAAAGAGGCGGCGACAGACAAAGCGACGAUAGCUCAAGAAGAGCUGACAGCGAUUCGCAUCCUGAAAAUUGGACCGAUCAUGAAGCUAAUGACGCACCAAGUACUGUAGCCGGAUCACCUCCUAAAUCUGAGCACCCGCAGCAUCACCAGCACUCGAAUAAAAAUGAAAAUUCUGAUCGCCGGAGCAGGCUCUUUGCCAGAGACCGAGGUACGCCUGGAAGCAAUAAAUCUAAAAAGCAAAGCCUAAGCGUUGAUCUUAAGCCGUCAGUAGAGCUGAAUAAUUCCGAGCCGAGAAAAGCCCUUGUUGAGCAAUUGAGCCGCGUACUGCCCGAUGACUCAUUACCGGAAGCAGUAUCUUUAGUUUCUCUAGCAGAUCCUGGCGAUUUGCUGAGCUUCAGACCUCCAGACUGGCAAAGUUAUCUGCGUUUUUUGAUAGUACCAUUGGGUUCCAACUCGCUGGCCAAGUACCUUGGGUCUAUCGACAGCAAGUACUCGAUGCUGUUUGGGGAAGAAUGGCGAGAGUUGCUGGAGCGUGAAGCCAGCGGAGCGAGUGAAGGCGCAGCUCGUGUGUCUGAAUACUUAUUAACAACUGGGCCUACUCUUUUACUACCAAUCGCCGAGGCCAUGGUCACAUACAGAGAGACAGACGACAGCAGUCAAAUAUUCAUUCCAUUUGUAAACGACGUGCGCGUCGGGUGUCCUGACAGCAGCACUUCCGCUUCAGUUGACCUUGAAGAAGGUGCAGCAGUGUCCUCGGGGUCGCCGCCAUCCUUGCCGCCGCCCAGUCUGGCGAUACCACCGCCCGGUAAAUUAACUCCUCCGAGCAGUCCAAAUGUCAGUCAGCCACGUGACGGCUGGGAGCCAGUUGAACUUCAACUUGACUACUGGAGCAAGCCAUCAUUGGGUGAUAAAGGCAAGAGCACACUGCGUCAAGCUUUCAGGGCGUUACAUGUCCAGAGAUUACCAACAAUGGGAGAGAAUCCUGGACCGUAUCUUUCUAUGAAUUACACGACUAAAGAGAAGAAACAGAAAAUAAUGAGACUGGGUAAGAAAAAAGAGAAAGAGAAAGAGAACGAGCCCAAGAGCCAGGCAGUGGAUGGCGUGACUCGACUCAUUUGCUCCGCUAAAACUCACAACAUUCCAUGGAGAGUUACUAUUGACGGAACAGAGUGGUACGGCGUUAAAUUCUUCCAACUCUCAGCGCAAUGGCAAACGCAUAUUAAGACGUUCCCGGUAGCAAUGCUUAUAUACAACCCGCUCCAACAAACCGCAAGUCUCACCUGA